AUUCACCAGCAAAAUUAAUGACGAUGUCUAGCUUUUUGAUGAACACAGCUCAGUAUGCUCAAGAUCCAAAGUUUCCGCCGAUAGAGGAAUAUUCACAGGGAAAUUAUAUUCCGGAUUACUAUCCGCAUUAUGGAAGUUUUCAUGCCGCACCCCCUGUAAGUUAUGGCCCGCCGACCGAGAAUGGGACAGCGGUCGGAGGCUAUACGAGCCACGGCAAUUCGCCGCACUAUUAUCAGCGAUCGUGCAGUGUAAGUCAGCAAAAUGCUGUCACCCCCCUCAGUGUUGAUCAUGUUGGUACUGAUGACAGUCUUCAUCAUAUUCACAACAGAUCCUCGCCGGACAGUUCACCACCGCCCGGAUCCCUCAUACCGAGGUCGGACGCUCAAAAUUCGGACUGUUCCGGGUCAGAUAAUCCUGUAAUAUAUCCAUGGAUGAGAAAAGUUCAUACAAAUAAUCCCGGUGUGAAUGGAGUAUAUCCAGGCCUUGAACCAAAACGACAACGAACUGCCUACACAAGACACCAAAUUCUAGAACUCGAAAAAGAGUUCCAUUUCAACCGCUACCUGACGCGGAGGAGACGAAUCGAAAUCGCCCAUUCCCUCUGCCUUUCAGAAAGACAAAUCAAGAUUUGGUUUCAAAAUAGGCGGAUGAAGUGGAAGAAAGACAAUAAGCUACCAAAUACAAAGAACGUGAAGAAGAAACAGCAACCCAGUGCUAACAACCCAAACAGCAAUAACACCACCAAUAACACUGUGAAUAACACCAACUCCAAUACAGGCAAAACGCCGACACAGCAACAGGCACCACCACAACCAGCUUUAAUGCCUAUACAGAACCGCUCAUACACAUUACCGUGUGAACCCAAAGAUGAAUAUGGUCUGACAGAACUGUGACAUGUUCCUCUGUAAUGCCAAAAUAUUGUAUAUUAAUAUAUUUGCAAUAUGGACAAAGAUAGAACUUGUAAAGCGUUUUAAUGAAGCUAAAUUGGUACUUCUGAAAAUUACUCUUCGACUUCGAAUGUCUUUGAAUGAUUUGCUUCCUUUUACUUCAUGUACAACGAAAUGAUUUGGGCCUGUUGUGCAGUUUUGAUUUGAUUUAGUCUAAAAUAUGAUGAUUAUUUAAAUUUUUAUCGAUGGUAAUCAUCUGGAACGACAUGUUAAAGUUCAUGUUGUUGAGGAAGUUUAAAUGUAAUUUGGUCCAAAAUUUCGUGAUAUUUUAAGCUU